AUGCAUCUCCAAUGGCUACGCGACAGCAUCGUUGGGCAAUUUUUGCGCCAAUUUUGCACGCCUUCUUGGUUGAAGUAUCGUGAAGAGGAUCUUCAAUGGCAACCAGAAUACGCAUUUUACGAUGAGAAGACAAUACUAGUCGAAUGGUACCCCGAGCAUGACGAAGAAAACCCCCACAACUGGUCACGACUCAAAAAGGCCUUUAUCCUCUUCGUUAUCGGUAUUUAUAGCUUUGUGGUUUAUAUGGCUGCGCCAAUUUACACCCCGAGUGAGAAUGCAUUUAUUGAAGAAUUCGGCGUGAACAAUGCAGAGGCAUCCCUUGGCCUUGCUCUUUAUGUUUUGGGCUACGGUACCGGCCCUCUCUUCUUCAGCCCUCUGAGCGAAAUCCCUCGCAUUGGACGAAACCUUCCAUAUGCCAUCUCCUUUUUUCUCUUCUGCAUUGUCAGUAUUCCUACAGCACUGGCACCCAGCGCAAUUGGGUUUUACUUCCUGCGUUUCCUUCAAGGAUUUUUCGGAAGUCCUUGCUUGGCCACCGGAGGCGCCUCAAUUGCGGACGUCUACUCAUCUGACGUGCUUCCACACGCGAUGACAACAUGGGUAUUUUGCGUUUUCUGCGCUCCGGCCAUUGGUGUAAUAGUAUCUGGUUUCGCGAUUCCCGUGCUUGGCUGGAGGUUCUCAAUGUGGGAGAUUUUGAUAGCCGCUGGUCCCAUUCUUGUCCUGCUCUUGUUGUUGCCUGAGACCAGCCCUGCAACUAUCCUUCAUCGACGGGCUCGGCGAUUGGAGAAGACGGGGAUCAAGAGACCCUAUAGCUACCAGACUGCUGCGGAUAUCGCGCAAGCAAGCAUCUCUUUCUACUCGGCUGUACAAGAGUCGCUGUUUAUUCCCUCGAAGAUCACAUUUCUUGACCCGGCAAUCCUGUUUUUGAAUUGUUACACAUCUCUGACAUACGGCAUUUACUAUUCGUUCUUUGAAGCUUUCCCAAUUGUCUACCAGGGGAUCUACGGGUUUAAUCUGGGAGAGAUGGGGUUAGCUUUCUUGGCUAUUGUUGUCGGAGCGAUCAUAUCAUUCGCAGUUUAUAACCUCUACAUUUACAAGGUCUUCACACCCAAGUCAAGAGGACUUCGAAAGCCGGAAGACGUCUUAGUCCCUGCCCUCAUUGCAUGCUUUGGUCCGUCUAUUGGCCUGUUGCUUUUCGGCUGGGCUGCAAACCCAAACGUCCAUUGGAUCGUACCGACAAUAGGAAUCGUCAUCUACCCAGCAUGCGUGUUCAUCUUGAUGCAAUGUGUCUUCCUCUACAUCCCCGCAUGCUACCCGCAUUACGCAGCCAGCGUUUUUGCCGCCACUGAUUUCACCCGAAGUGCUUUUGCGUGUGGCGCUGUCGUGUUUUCGAGACCACUCUACGAAAACCUAGGGAUUGGCCCCGGAUGCAGCCUGUUGGCGGGUCUGACUAUUGGAUGUGUGAUUGGAAUUUAUUCGCUCUAUCACUACGGAGAGGCCUUGCGACUCAGGUCCAAAUUUGUACCGAAAUGCUGA